AGUAUCGACAAUCAAUUCGAUUCUGCGAUCAUUCGCAGUUUGAAGAUCGACGUAAACAGAUCAAGAUACAUAAUAGUUGCGGCGCGCUCAAAUGUGUUCUGAAAUAAACAAAGUUUUGCCCUUGUGACAAGGAAUGAUUCAAGUUGUUAUCAUUUUUAAAUAAAUAAACUGCUUAAACUCAAUUUUUUUAAUUUAGAAUCAAAUUUUAAUUAUGUCGGCAAAAUUAGUGUUGUUUGUUUUUGUGGCAAUUUUAUUUGGGAGUUCUUUGGAAUUAAUGCAAUUAUCUGGAGCAGUUUCAGCAGAAAACCAAAAAGAAGAUGCUGAGAUUCGAAAAAUACUGUACGGAGAACCAUCAAAUAUAAAACAAUGUCUGAAUGUCUCCAUGAGCCGUAAAACAGGCAUCAAAAUAAAUGAAACAGAAUUGGAUAAACCUCUUUGGACCGUUGUUAUCCUCAAAGAGGAAAUCAUUCUAAAAGAUAAAAUCAUCAACAUUCAACAAUGCACUGGUUCUCUCAUCAAUACCCAAGUCGUCCUUACGGCAACUCACUGUACAUACAACAAGACAAAAAAUGAACUAAAAGUUCGUGCUGGAGAAGGAACAUUCCAACAAGAACGUCGAAUUAGACAAGUCAUCUAUCAAAAUAAAAAAAAAUAUAACAUCACGAUGCCAAUGAAAGAUAUUGCUUUGAUAUUUCUCAAAACCCGCUUUGAUCAUUCUCCUCAUGUUAGAACAAUUUGUCUAUUACCAAAACCUGUACAGAAAAUUGCUCCAAAUGUUCAAUGUUUUGUUACUGGAUGGGUGAAAAAAGCUCAGGACAAACCUGGUUGUAAUUUCAAAAAAAUAGCUAUGAGCACAAUUCGAAGAGAUAGAUGUGAGCAAGUACUAAGGCUGACAGGUCUUGGUGGAGAGUUUGAGUUGGACAAAAGUUUCAUGUGUGCAGGGGGAGACUUUGAUAAGGGAGCUCUGGAUGUUUAUGGCGGUGCUCCUUUGGUGUGUCCAAUUUGUGGAUCUAGUGGAAUAAUGGCACAAGUUGGAGUUAUGUCCUGGGGAUUUAAAACUCCACCGCUCCCAGAGGUUUUGACUUCAAUAAGCAGUGCCCACAGUUGGAUUGUUAAUCAACUUAAAAGGAAAAAAUUUAAGCUGCCUGAUUGCGGGAUCUAGACCUUAGUUUUAAUUGAAAUUCUUUAAAAUUUGUUUA